UUCCGAGUAAAGAGGCAUCAUUUCCGGUUUGAGAACUGGCGGGACUUCUUCACUGGAUAGGAGAGCGGCAGGUUGUUUACAAGCCUCGGAGUUUGUUUAAACACACAGAAAAUGAUGGCAACAAACGGAAAAGACGCGUGUGGGGUCAAUGAAGAGGCGCACACAGCUGCGGUAAACGGAGAUUGUGCAGAGGCGUCGCCGCAGUCGAAGCGGCCGCAGAGGUUCACCUUCAGCUCCGAGCCCUCCAUCGAGGAUAUUAGGCGCAUGCAGGCCGAUUUUACGGACGAGCGAGACUGGAACCAGUUUCACCAGCCCCGCAACCUUCUGCUGGCCAUGGUCGGGGAGGUGGGCGAGGUGGCAGAGCUCUUCCAGUGGAAGGGAGAGGUAGCCGAGGGCCUGACGGACUGGACCGAGACCGAGCGGGAGCAGCUGGCGCACGAGCUCAGCGACGUGUUGAUCUACCUCGUGGAGCUGGCCGAGAAGUGUCGCGUGGAUCUCCCACAAGCGGUGCUCCGUAAAAUGGCUCUAAACCGUCUGAAAUACCCCGCCAGCAAAGUGCAGGGGUCAGCCAAGAAGUACACGGAGUAUAAAGACUGAUGGACGAGGGGGAGAGCACUGGGGGAGUGUGUUUGCUGGACCUGCUGCUGUUUAAUAAAGACCCACAAACGCUGCACAAUCACAGCUCGGUUUAAAUGACAUUUUCUGGGUUUACAUGUUAGGAAACCACGAAAACCUUCAACUGUUGUGUUAUCUGGUAGUUAUCCGAACUCAAGGAAUAUGUUGGCUUUUACUGAAGUUCACUUUUAAGUCCUGAGUUUUAGUCUGACCUUAGCUGUGCCUCUGUUAGUUUAAGGUGGGACUGUUGCGCAUCCCCUUUGGGGUUUAUUUGUCACUAAACAUUUUAAGUUAUUUACCGGUAGAUUGGCUCCAGUGUCAGCACGGAGCGGAGUGUUGAUCAGUGCCAAACUGACAGUCUCGUCUCUUUUUUCCAUCCAAAUGUAUCAGUAUAUUUUUCAAAUUUGGAUGUUUUUAUCAUUUUGUCAUAAGUAAAAGUUGAGUCCGAGUCAUGUUUUCACUCAGCAAUUUUGUGUUUUAAAGGAUGAAACUGGAUUAGUAAUCUGUUAACCAGCCUGCAGUUGAUUAAGCAGUCUUGUACCUUAAUCGAUGUUUUGAUUUCAGUCACAUGUCAGGUCAUCUUGCUGUCCACUUUAUUUGCUGAUUCAAUAAUGUCUUAUUAUUCAUGAAAAGGCAAGUUACGUCCAUAAAUCAGGACAUUUGUAUUUGGGCUGUAAUAAAGAGCAGUUACAACCCAUCCUUUUUUUUUCUUUUACAAGUUCUUUCUAAGACACUAUAAUCACGUGCAAGUGUCCCACACUCACUUGAAAACGAAAGGUUAAGUGAAGUAAGGAUGAAAGGAUCCUGUAUUUGAAAUUGUGUAUAUAUAGCACUGUGCAAAAGUCUUGAGCCACCUUUAAUUUAAAAAAAAAAAAAAAAUUCUGUUAAAACAUAAAUGUAUAUGGAAAUUCAGCAUAUAAGACAAAAGCAGUUUGUAUAAUUCUGCCAAUCUUAAUGUCCAUAUUUGGUAUGAUCGUCUAUUUUUCAGCACAGUCUAAACUUAUUUAGGCAGCUUCCUUUCAUUUCUUUAAGUAGUCUUCAGAAAUAGUUCUCCAGGUAUCUUCAAGGACAUUUAAAGCUCUUCUUUGAAUGUUGUCUGGGUUCUGGUAAGACCUUUCCAUGCGAUAUGUGUGUUUUUCUAUCCAGGUAUCCUUUUACUACACUGACAUUGUGUUUGGGAUCAUUUUUAUGCUAAAAAAUGAAGCUGUUGCCAAUGAGAUACUUUCCAGGUGUAUCACAUAGUAAAUCAAAAUCUUAUGAUACUUUUCUGCGCUCAUAUUUACAUCAAUUUUGACAACAUCCUCUACACCACUGGCUGCAACCCCAAACCAUGACAGCCUAAACUGUGUUUUAUAGAUGGCUUUUUUUGGUAAACAAUGUUGUUAAAGGCUAAACCUACUAAAUCUAAACCAAAUGAAAGACUAAAAAUUGCAAAAAUUAUAACAGCAAUAAAUCACCACUUCCCUUUUUGUUUGCAGAGACUGAGUGCUUUUUAUUUAGUGUACAUUUGGCUAAAUGGAUUUACAGUUUUACCUCUUGUUUAUCUAUUCAUGCUUCUCCAUGCUGGUAGUUUAGUUGUUUUGUCUAAUUUAAAUCAGCAUUUUUUCAAGAAUCGGGGUGAAAAGUGAAUCUCUUGCUAUAUUUCUGCAUGCAAAGAUUUUAAAAGUAAAAUGCAUUUGGAUGCUCAAGUGAGGCAUUUAGCGUAACGCUGAAGCGUCUGACUUUCUUCGUUUGAUGUGCUCCGAGAUGCAAACAUUGCCAUUAGCUGUGUAUACUGGCAUUCAGCUGGAAGAAUGAGUCAUCCACAGGCUGCAAAGGAGAACAGCUAUGCAUCAAUAAGAUGCUGCUGUAUGCGAGCUGAGCCUCACUUCAAAGUAAACAGCUUUAUUUGCAGCGUCUAUGAUAUAGCUUUCCACUUUUAAAAACAGGCAGUUGCCCAUAUCUGGUGGUAUGCAUUUGAUAUGAAAACUCCUCUCUUCUUCAUGUUAUUUGCGCAUACAACUUCUUUAUUUGAAGUGAAGGAUUAUAGAAGGAAAAGAAGCAAGUGUUGUGUUUGUUUCUGCGUUAAUCAAAUGAAGCGCAGAGCUACCCUAAUUUGUUGUACAUCAUCCAUAACUCCCACACUAGUGCGAGUUUUGUUCCUCGGCUGAAAGUGAAAUCCGUUUUCGUUUCAUCCAAAACAACAGGCAGAGCAGACAGCAGACGUAUGUGCUGCACAGGGAACAUCAUUGCACAACAGCAGUUUGCUCUUAAAUGGAUGAUCGUGACACUUUGUAGGUGCUAUCGCAAUAUUCACCGUCUAGAUGAAUGCCAGGCAGGUAGCAAGCUGCAAUUACAGCUGUCUCAGGAGGGUUAAAUGUAGCCAUUUUAAGCCUACCCCCUGUUCUACCUGCAGGCUUCUGGUGUGCUGUUUCUCUGAGACCACCUCGGGACAGAUUUAGUAAGAAAUCUUUACUUUGAGAAGCCUUGUUGGCUGUGAACAGAGUGGAACAGAAUGUGAGGCUUCCCACAUUAGUGUUCACCAUCAAAUUAUGGUAUAUGUGAAAUGCCUGUUUCUGAAUAUCCUGAUUAAAGAGCUAUUCUUAAAUUAA